CAGAGAACCCCUGAAGCACAUUCACAAGUAUCGUGUCCUGUCCACUUUGCGAGUUUUUCUAACGGUACAUACAGAUACCAUAUGUCUAGAUCGGAUUACACGAUUCAUUACCCUCGCGGCUUAAGCCAUGGCGAUAUUGUUGGUGCAGGAAUCACAGCAAUUGUCGCCCGCCUUGACGCUGUCAUCAAGUUCGUCCGGCCGUCCAAGCGCGAAUUCCUUGAGAGAGAGCGACGCAUCUACGAACGCCUGGAACAUAAUGAAGGAGUUCUUCGAUAUUACGGCAGUCUUGAGGACGCUCUCAUCCUCCAGUACUGCUCUUCAGUGGCCUUUGUUCAUUCUGAAAACAUACUACACGGAGAUAUCUCGUGUAACAACGUUUUCCUUGACGAAAACCUGAACGCGAAACUUGGCGACUUUGCUGGAUCUUCUAUCGACAACGAACCCCCUCUCAUAUGCUAUGAGACCAGUCAUGAGCAUCCUGACAACGAAGGCGUUUCGCACAAGAGCGAGGUAUUUGCUCUUGGUUCUACCUUCUACGAGAUCAUGACUGGGUCUAAGCCGCACGAGGGCUUCUCAGAUGAAGCGGUACAUGACGGAUUCAGUAAAGUUAACUUUCCGAGCCUGACUUCCCUACCUGCGUUUGGGGAGAUUAUAGCCAAGUGCUGGGAUCGGACAUAUGCAACAAUUGAUGAUUUGCUUGAGGACGUUCAGAUUGAAGCUGCUACCAAGUCAAGGUGUGCUGCUCGUGUCCAGCCUUCUCCGAUCUCUCACAUAACCGUGGCUCUCGUGUCGCUGGCCAUUAUUGCAUUCUGGGCGAAAAUGCGUGCGUGACCAUACUACGCGGUAGGGUUCUAUUGUUUUCAGUAAACGGAAAGACACUCGUGAAGCUAUUCAUACCUCUGGCGGACACUGGGGACAUUCUCCCACUACCUUCGAUGAACCCAAU